AUGGCUGAACUGGACGAAAAGAGGCCCCAGUCCUCGCAAGACGGCGAGUCUUCGACAGAUGAGAAGGUCGAGAAACAGCCCAGCAAAACAAGUUCCCGCAGACCGAGCCUUUCACACCCACACGAACCAGUUUUGCUCGCGCUCGUGCCCUCCAUCGCAGCAUCCAUACCCCCAAUUAAUACCAGCGGUGCCGAGGAAACCACCCAAGAAGAUGGCAAAGACGGCACAGGAUACCUCACCGGAGCUCCCCUGGUGCUCGCCCUGGUAGCCCUCAACCUGGCCACCGUCCUCAUCUUCCUAGACAACAGCAUCCUCAGCACCGCCACGCCGACUAUUACAAACGCGUUCCACUCGGUCCAGGACAUCGGGUGGUACGUCUCGUCAUACCAGCUCGCCCUGUCCGCCCUCCAGCCCAUGACGGGCAAGCUCUUCACCUACUUGCCCAACAAGCCGACCUUCAUCGCCUCGGUGCUCAUCUUCGAGCUGGGCUCCCUCAUCUGCGCCCUCUCCACCAGCUCGCGCAUGCUCAUCGGCGGGCGCACGGUCGCGGGCCUCGGCGCGUCGGGGCUCUUCAACGGCGCGCUGACCAUCAUCGCGGCGCUGGUCCCGCUGCGCAGGCGGCCCGCCAUCACGGGCCUCCUGAUGGGCAUCGGGCAGCUGGGGCUGAUCGGCGGGCCGCUCAUCGGCGGCGCCCUGACGCAGUACUCGACGUGGCGCUGGUGCUUCUACAUCAACCUGCCGAUCGGCGGCCUCGCGGUGGCGGCGCUCGCGGCCGUCCGCAUCCCCGAGCAGACGCCCAAGCCGGCCUUCCGGGCCUUCAUCGCCAGCCCGGGGCUGUGGAAGAAGUUCGACCUCGCCGGCGCCGCGCUGCUGGUCCCCGCCGUGGUCAUGCUGCUGCUGGCGCUGCACUUUGGCGGCGGCGCCCAGUACGGCUGGGACUCGGCGACGGUCAUCGGGCUGUUCUGCGGGGCGGGCGUCGUGGGCGCGCUGUUCGUCGCGUGGGAGUGGCGCGUCGGCGGCGAGGACGCCAUGGUGCCGCUCGGCAUGUUCCGCCAGCGGGUCGUGACCGCUGCCUGCCUGACCAACUUGUGCCUGUUCAGCGUCACGUUUGUCACGUCCUACUUCCUGCCCAUCUACUUCCAGUCCGUGCAGGGGUCGUCGCCCUUCACCGCCGGCGUGCACAUGCUGCCGAGCAUUAUCUCGCAGCUCAUCACGGCCGUGAUUUCCGGGUUUCUGGUCACCAAGUUGGGGUACUACCUGCCGUGGGCCAUCUUUUCGGCCGUGUUGUCCAGCAUCGGGGCGGGACUUAUCACGACCUGGACGGUCGGCACCGGCACUGGAACGUGGAUCGGGUACCAGAUCAUACUGGGAGUUGGCCGUGGCGCUGGCAUGCAGAUGGCCCUCAUCGCCGUGCAAACCGUGCUCCAGCCAUCCCAGAUCGCCGUCGCCAUGGCGAUGCUGACCUUUGUCCAAGGCCUAGGCAGCGCCAUCAUAAUCUCCGUGGCGAACACCAUCUUCGACGACAGGCUCGUGACCGAGAUCAGCUCCAGGGCCCCGCAGGUCAACCCGGAGGCGGUCAUCGCCGCGGGAGCCACGGCGUUCCGCAAGAUCGUCUCUGCCGACGAUCUACCGGGCGUGGUCAAGGCGUACGCGGUCUCGUUCGACAAGACAUUCUACCUUGCGGUUGCGAUGUCAGCCCUGUGCUUUUUCACUUCCUGCGGGCUGGGGAAUAACGAUGUCAGGGUUAAGCAAAAGGUCGAUGGUGGGGACAGAGCUGCGGUGGAGGGCGGUCAGGAAAAGAAAGAUGACACCAAUGUCUGA